UGUUGAAUUACAUAACGUUCUCAAUGAUCCAAAACUUGAACUUGGUGCAGUAGAGAUGUUGGCGCCAAAUCUUUUUUCGGUUCCAUACAAGCAUCGAAGUGAAUUUGUACGCCCACAUGACAAAUAUAAUAUUGCAAUUGCGUUGAUUACAACCGCAACAGCCCGAAUAAUGCUAUAUGACUAUAUGGAAAGAAUUGUAAAAGAAAAAGAUUGCAAGCUGUUGUAUACUGACACUGAUAGUUGCUUUUAUUUGCAUCGCCGUGAACAAACGCCUCCUUUUCGUGUGGGGGAGAUGCUUGGUAUGAUGGAUCGCGAGUAUGGAGAAUGGAAUAUCAUUGCAUUCUAUACUGGGGGAUGCAAGCAGGUAUACAAAUAUUUUUUAACAAUCGUAUAUUUUCCAGUAUGCAAUGAAAAUGAAGCACAAAAAUAGUGGUGAAAUUAAAUUUAUUGUAAAAUGCCGCGGUUGCUGGGACAAAGUUGACUC